CUGAAUAUUCCAGGAUCGGAUGCCGCCAGUCUUCGCACCACUGCAAGGCGUGAAGGUGACUAUUACGUUGUCAAUGGUUCCAAAGCUUUCAUCAGUGGAGCCGGUGCUUCGAAGAUUUACUUGGUGAUGGUGCGGCACGAUGGCCAACCAGGAGCGAAAGGUAUCUUCUGCCUGCUGAUCGAAGAUGGCAUGGAAGGAUUUUCACAGGCCAAGAAGGAGAGUAAACUUGGUUGGAAUACUCAGCCCACUCGCAUUAUUACUUUUGAAGAUGUGAAGGUGGGUGGUAUGCGAGGAAUCAUUGAGGAACCACGUUUGUACCUGACCCCAUUUAAGGUACCAGUAUCAAACCAGAUUGGACCAGAUAACUAUGGCUUCAAUAUUGCCAUGGCUGGCAUCAACGGUGGUAGGGUGAACAUUGCAAGUUGCUCACUUGGAGCUGCCCAACAAAGUCUUGAUUUGGCUAUCGAGCAUCUGAAGGUGCGGAAGCAAUUCGGAAAGACAUUAUCGGAAUUCCAAUGGAAUCAAUUUAAGCUGGCGGAAAUGGCAACAAAACUGUACAGCAGCAGGUAA